AGGAAAAAAAAAAAAAAUCAAAAUGUAUACAAUGAAGAUCACAGUCACAAUCUGCGUAAAAUGCCUCUUUCUCUCCUUCUUCCUUCUCUCUUUCUCUUUAUACCCUCCUCCACUCCUUAUUGUAUAUUCAUAUCACGUAGUCAAGCGAUAAAGGACGCGAUCCAGGAAAAAAAAAUAGAACAAAUGGAUCAGGAUCAAAGUAUGGAUAUAGAUUCUACUGGUACAUCGAUAUCAGCACAACAAAAGUCCAAGAAACAACAACCUACAAUACUGACUAGACUAUGCGACACUCCAUCUGAAAAUUACUAUAUCUAUUUGACAAUUGAAAUGGAAUUACAGGCAGAUGCAGCGGUAACAAACACCUCAAAGAGGAAACCUUCUUUUAUCCAAAAACUCUCGAUCAUGAUAUUCCGGAAAAUGCUCUCCAAUGCUACCCAAGAUCUCUUUGGUGCUGCUAUGGGAGGAGGUAUCAACAUCGACAUUUUAGGUUAUUGGACCGAUCAAGCUCAAGAUCCUUUCAAUCGCAUGAUCUCCUCAGCCUCUUCCUCAUCAUCUUCAGAUCCGAUUUCAUCGCCUACUUUACCAACAGUCUCUGUUCGACCAACGUACUCCAAUAUGACUGCUGCAUCUGCAGUCCUGAGAUGUCACUCCCUCGACUUUAAUCAGCUAUGGAAUGCUCUAACACUCUUCAACACCUUGGUCGACGAUUACGAGUCUCGCUUCGAAGUACAUUACACAUCUUCAACCUUGCUAGGUUUGCAGGCAAACUCUAGGCAAUUGUUGUGGCCCAACUAAAACUCGCACAAUUUGUACACACAUCAACCAUGAUCGGAAAAAAAAAGCUACAGUCUACUCUCUCCGUUUCCAAUCAACGUAUUAAAGCAUACUUGC